AUGUCGCGACGAUACGAAUUCGCUAUGCAGCGCCAGGGCAAAGGCCAGGGAAAGAAACGGAAGAACAAGCCACCGAUUAAGGAUCUUGACUUUCAAACCAUGCAGCUGUUCAAAGAUCCCAAGGAAUCUGAAUAUGAGGCCAUCUGGAGAAGAGAUCUGUCUUCACCCGAGGAUGUUGCAGGAAAAGACGAUGAUAGGAGAGCCGAAUAUUCCACGUUUGCGGAGGACCUUCCGUUAGCUGUACAUGCAGUAGGAAUUGGAGAGCAGAAAUCAAACUACUUCGGACAAGAGUUCAGUGGCAUUACGGAUCGAAUAUGGAAGGUAUGCUGCGCGUGCUUUGGUCCGGUAUAUAUAUCCAGCCGGAGUUUUGAAAACGUUACCCCAGAUGAACCUUUGGCGUCCAACAGUUUUUUUUUCGGCCAAAAACUAUCUCCAAAGUAGCCAAUAUAAAAACUAAGAGUACAGCCAUUGCUUUUUCCUCCUCUCCUCCUUUUCUUCCGCCCCGCUAUUUCUCUUUCUCCUUUCCUUUUUCUUCGUUACUGUGUUUUUGGAGCUUCUCGGGCCUAAAAAGCCUGCCUUUUGACACCUUUUCACUCAAAUGGCUAGAAAUAUAUUACAGUAAAACGCAGCGAAGAAGAACCUAGGAUUUAAGAACCUACUGGCAGAAAUUUGUCAUUUUAAUACUCCAAAAUAUAAGAACCAGUUUAGCAAAAAAAAUCAACAGGUUCUUAUAUAUGUGGGGUUAGACUACAUUUUCAUAAACAUUUUGACCAAAAGUCUGGCUUUAAUAUGGGAAAUUUAUAUUAAAUUAUAUAAUAAAUGUAUAAUGUAUACAACCUUUGUUGAAAACUGCAUAUCUUCUAGUUCUUAACCUAGUUCUCUCUUGCCUAGUUUUGUUAGAUUUUUGGUAAAUAAAUGCCUAUUAUGAAGGACAAAUACCACUUAUAGCAAUUUCUUGUAAUCAACAACGGUGUCCUUCUUCAUAAAAAUUAAGAAUUCGCAACUAUAAAAAACUAUUUUGCCAAACUUCGAAAGAUCUAGAUCCUUCUUCGCGGCGUUUUACUGUAUAUAAUAUUGACUGAGUUUUUCCAUUUGAAAGACUUUCCACAUUACAAGACACAUUAGCACCGGUAAUCUGACUGAUCUUUUGCUCAUUAGUUACACAUGUAUACCUUAGAAGAUAAUGACAAUAUUUACACUAUCACAGUGUUCUUUACAAAUGUCGUUACGUCAAAACGACACAAAUACAUGUGCGAAGACUGUACGGUUGAUGUCCGACUACGGUUGAAAGUUAGGCUGUUUUAAACAGUGAAGUUUGUUUCUCAUGAUUAUUGUGAUUCAUUACUGAAUACUAGAUAAGCCAAUACAAAUCAUUUUCUUCCCAAACCCACUGUUUGAGUUAUUUAAUUUACUUGAUUUUGCUUUUAAUGGAAUUAUAGACACUGUAAAAAUUUCGCCUGUGGCGGAGAGUUGGCUUAGAAAGCUCUAAGUUGCAUCAACUACCUUUCAGUUAUAUAUAUAUAUACUUGGCCCUAAGACAGCGUGAAAAACACUUGCAUAACGGAAAUUCUUUGUAGUUAUUGUGACCAUCCAUUUCCAAGGUGAUUUCACCAGAUUGGUCACCUGUCUUUAGGCCGAGAGGUUUAAUUCUAACUUUCCUCUCCGUUAAAUUAACAUGGGACACCCCCCAAGCGCGCACGGGUGUUUCUCUUUCAUUCUACAUGAGAACCACAGCCAAAAAUCGCUUUAUUCGCACUAACCGCUCCUCGAACUUUUACAGCGGUAAAUUCACUUUAGUAACUCAGUGGAUAAAACCAAAUUCUUGUCUAAUUGAUUUUCAGUUGCUAAGAGACUAUGAUGCAAUGUAUGAUGACAAAGAUCAACAGGUAAAUUGCUUAUCACGUGGUACGUUGACAGCCAUAACCCUUUAAGCGCCAAUAUCCAAAGAGAAAUUCUCCAUCCUGAUUUCAUUACUGGCUUCCAGUUAAGAUUUUUUCUUCGGCUUCUUUACAUGAGAGAACUUGUUAAAAGAUAAAAGCAGCUCCCCUUUAGUGAUCAUUUUCUUCGUUCUUUAACCCAUCUCCAGAGCAAAGUGGCAUAACACCCCCUCAGGGGAAGGGGGGUACUGCCAUGUAUGGGAUAUAUAGGUAUGUACCGCUGUCAAGGGUAUGGUUUUCAAGCAGUUUACUGUGGGAUAGAGUAUAUAAAUCAGAGAGUUUGGGUCUAAAAUAGGGUAUCAUUUUCUAGGAAACUGAUCAAUUGGUUGAAGAUUUUAGUCUAGACUAGGGAAAUCGGGAAUUGCCAUUCAAUAAUAUAAAAAAAAUCAAAUCGACAAGUUGAAAUUUACGCAACUCAGCCUAAAAGCUACUCUAGGAUAGGGGCGGAUUUGGGGAGUUAAGUCUAGUGUAGGGUAGCAAAAUUCAGCUAAACUAGCUCUGGUAUAGGCUAAGGGUUCCAGGGUCAAAGCUGCACAUCCCCACCCAAAAAUUCUCAAAGUACCCCCCGGGCAUAAACCACAAAUAAAAACAUCGAUAGAAUCUUAUAAUUAAAGGAGAGGUGUAGUUGUAGACAGCUGUUUCGUUUAGAGCUCUUAAGUACUUUUACAGAAUAAUAUUUUCCCGACGUUUUUAUCCUCUUGUUAUACCAAACUGAUGAGCUAAAAAGAGCGAAACAGCUGUCUAAGGCUGCACGCACUCCAGUUCUUCCUUGCAACGUUUAUUUCUACGCAGUAUAAGCCGCAAUGAUUUGUUACUUUGUGAUUUUGGUGCAUUUUUGCUGAUAGAUCUUAGAUAUUACGUAUACAGGCAGCAUUUUCGUUUGCGGUCCUUUGUUUAUAAAACCAAGAAUUGUAUGGACUGCAUGUGAGGACCAAUUCCGCUUAACAUAAGAUGGUAAAUUACCUGAGGGAACGUUAAUUCCAAGAUCUUCUGAGCUCUUCAACAAGAUUUUCAAUUUUAAGACCGAGUCCUGUUUAUAUACAGUAUCCGGAACAAAAGCAACAUAUUUGCUUAAAAAAAAGUUUUGCACGAGUAGAACCCGAUUGCGUGUUUACUUGAUACAAUGUUGUGCAUCGAAUACAUUUUCGACAGCUAUUUAACAAUUAUUCCUCGAGCCCAAAUGGGCUCUGAGUCAAUAGCCCAUUCGGCCUUCGGCCUCAUGGGCUAUUGACUCAGAGGCCAUGAGGGCGAGAGGAAUAAUUGUUUUAGUAAAAUCCAACUACUUGGUCAAAAAUAUCGAAAAUAAAAAAUUUUAGCUAGGUAAAAGCUAGACUUUAAUCCUUUUUUGCCGCCAAAAAGCCCGAGCUUUUCGCUACUAGUGGGCUAUAACCAAUCAGAACGCAGCAUUGAUGAUAGACCACUAGUUGGAUUUUACUAAAUGAGGAUAGCAUUAUAGACAAAGGCGUUUGAAACGUAAGUGCUAGUGCUUAAAUAGCCUAAGAAAAAAGCCGAUAACACCACUACAGGUGUCCCCGCGAAAAGACGUCUUAAGAAGGAGGGCAGAAAAUUCAUAAUUAUGACGUGCCACUACCAGAUUCGGGUAGUGCUUUUGAUUGGCGUGGAAAAUUUACGUCAAACAAUCAGAAGCACUAUCUAGAUCUGGGUAGUAAAACGUCAUCAGCAUGGGAAUUUCUCCGCUCGUUUCAGUGGUGUCGUGACUAAAUUUCGGCUGUUUUUUUAGGCUAGUGCUUGAAAUCCAAUGUGUGCUGAACUUUUUAUUUCCUUUCAGGGUUACACCGCUAUGCAGGAGCACCUUAGUGGACAGGUAUAACAAUUACUUUCAAUGUGUAAUCUUUGUGUUAGCGGUGACCAUUAGCCAUACUGACACGCCAACAACAGAAGAUACGCCACAGCAUAGAGACAGAGUCAAAGCGAAGCUCCAUGCGCGCGCGGAGCCUCAAAGCUAAGAAAAUGUGGUUACCUAUCCAUCCAAGAAAUUUUUCAGUCACGUGACCGUACGUCCAUCCGCCCGUCCACCCACCCGUCCGUCUGCACCACAGGGCAACCAAUUUGACAUGUUACGCUUUCUACCUAGUGUGGGAGCCUGCAUCCUGAUAUUGCACAUCCAUGUUGUAUUCAAUUGACAGCUGUCAAAACAGGGUAUCAGCUGAACAGUAAUCACAUGACCGUAUCGUGGGCUCAGGUGUCGACCCCUCGAGGUUACGUGUUUUUUUUUUUUUAAGUUUCUAGUUUUCAACUGAUCGCAGGCUCAACUCUAAUUGGAUUUCUUUAUUGUAAUGUUUUUUCAUUAACGGGAACUUCGCCUUUAGCCUCGGAUUAAUCUAUAUAUUCGAGUGAAAAAUACAACCUUCACUCGUCUCCAGUACGUCGCAAAUUGGGCGUGGCAUUUUUUUUGGGGGGGGGAUGAAUUUUUAGUCCAGAGAUUUUUAGGGAUCUCCUUGAAAGCCUUAGGUGUUUUUUGGGGGGUGGGGGGCGGCGGCGGGGGAAGGGGUUGAAUAUUGUCUCGAUUUCCAUCAACCCCAUCACCUUAAACCCGAAAUUCCCUCCCGGCGAUUUUCUCUAAACCCCUUUUUUGAGGAGAAAACAUAUCGCCAAUGCUUAAUGGAAAGUACUGUCUAACCUCGCUCUUAAGCUCCCACAAAACUGUUGGAAUUCUAUUUUUUCUUCAUAUUUUUGUUUCAAGAAAGACCUAAAUGAAGAUACGUCUUACCUGGAAAAGAUAAGGUAAUACUGUUACCCCUCUCUUACAGAUAGCUAUGGAGAGUCUGCUGACUGAUUACAAGUUUUUGUGCCGCGAAAGGGAAGAGGUGAGAGUACUGCUCCGUCUCCUUAUACAAUAGGCACCUUAAGAUCUGAGGACGGCGACGGCAGCGAAAACGUCGCUGAAAAAGUAAAUUCACGUUUUUUCAACUGUCGUCACGAUUACUCCAAGUUUCUAACUUUAUCAAAUGUAGGUGAACCCUCCUAAAGCAGAAUUCCUAAGAGUCAUUUCCAAGUUUAGAAUUAGAGAAGAAAUUUCGUCGUCGCAUGCGUACUUUCUAUGUGAAACGUGAAAUAAGGCAUUAUCACGUCGUAGUCGUGCAGUGACGGCAAAGAAAUGUACAAAAAAGCGUGAUGCACGUGCAAAAUUCUUGUUUUGGAUGUUAAACCUGUUGCUUUUUUGGCGUCCUCGUUGCCGUUGCCGUCGCCGUCGUCGGAUCUUAAGGUGCCUAAUGUCCGAAUCCACGACUGUUUCCAGAUAGAUAAAGCAACAAUCCAAAUGUUUUGAAUCCGGGUAUAGAAGUUGUAAACGAUGAAUAAUACUGUUACACCCAAGUGAAGAGCACUUUAUGGCCCUGUAUUCAAAUAAGGAGUAAGGCAAUAAAUUACUUACAACGAGGUUUAAGGGGUCACUUUGCAUUAACUAAUUCAUCACCCUCCUCCAACCCAUGAACGGUAGGGUACUUGCGGUACGGCGUCUUUCCUGGCCUUCUCGGUCAAUGCAUUUCGGUGACAUACCCGAGACGAACCACGUGACGCGAAACGCAUUGGCCGCGCGCAAUAAUGAGGCCUAGGGACUAGGCAAGGCCGUAAUUACAGUCAAACCUCCAUAUGCGACCACCUCUCGUUAGCAGCCGCGACCAGUGUUUGGCUUUAUCAUUUUCCAUUGUAUUCAACUUCUUGUAAGCGACCACUUGAGGCAUGGUCUCUUUGUUCGCUGAAUGUUCUACGCCACUCAAAAAUUUCCUUUGAAAACCUGAACCGAAACAUUUCUUAACGAAUUUUUUAUAAAUACAGAUGUGUACCCCCAGUAGUUCUUGACCUUUUCUCGUAAGCGAACACCUCCCUCAAGCUACCACUAGAUCUUUGCCUUUUGGUUGGUCGCUUACGGGAGGUGUGACUGUAAUUUAACCACGGUAUUCAUUAGAGAAAAGAAUUAUCUGCGUAUAGUGUCUAAAUUAAUAGCAAUGUCAGAACCUUCUUCCUCAAUUAUUUAUUGCACCAACAAUGAUCGAGAGGUAAACAUUUAGAAUCUAGCCCAGCCCACUUGAUUGCGUAACCCACCCUUUAAAAUGAUCCCAGUAUCGAAAUAUAGUAAACUAGUUAUAGCUUUCGCUAAGUGCCAACGAGCAAAGAUUUUACCUAUGCACGCAUUACAUCAUAAAACGCGUGUCUUCGCGAGGCUGCUCGUUAGCAAUUAUCAUUUCCUCGCCUAAGGGCUCCUAUAUUUUCAGUAUUUCUCUUCUGAAAUAUUACCCACAGAGCACUAUCUUCAUUUAAAUAUCAUUCUUUAUUUUUCCUUCAGCUGCUAAAUUCCCUGCAGGAUGUAAGUACUCCUAUUUAUGUUCUUGUUUAACUAAAUAACGGAACGUCUUCGAAAGCAUCAAUUUUCACGUUAUGUUUUUUAAAAUUGGUCAGACGCUAUUAUUGCCGUGAGCUCAAUUUAUCCCAAGAAAAGACAUUUAUUUGCCUAAGCCAUCCUUUUUCAUAUUUUUUGCUGUUAUUGUUGUUGUUGUUGUUUUUUUUUAAUAAAAAGCCUUAAGUCUGUUUCUUUGAAGUUGUUGAAGACUGCAUGUCUUUUCUUCGAGUCACUCUUGCUUACCUCUGUUAGUGGUUUUCUUAAUUUUGCUGCUUGAAUUUGUUGUAAGUUGAAAAUGACUGUACCCAAUGGUUUUGUUCAUCGAUAAAUGUAAUCGCCGACCGAAAGAAGGCAAUUGAACUGAGGCUUGCUUUCGAAAAAAAAAAGUUAAUAAACUGAAGCUUGCUUAAAAUUUACUCCCCAAUUGAAAAUUUGUUUAUUUGAAAGUCUCUUGACGUGGAUGAAGACGAGGUAUUGGAUGAAGUAAGUAUUCAUGAGUUCAUUGUUUAUCUUUGAGGUAGCUUUAGCCUGAUUGAAUUUCUUCGCUCUUUGCUCAGAAGUCAUUUCGCGGGGAAACCGUUGGUCCUGUGGAAAGAUGUCGGCAGUUUCUCAGGGUUUAAGAUUGCAUCAAAGGCCCAAAAAUAUUUAAGUAUGGCCAUUGAAAUGAAGAGAAAAGCAAUAACAAUGCUUUGAUAAGGGUGGUCUGAUAUCCUGGAAAAAUUUUUUAACAACUGAGAUGUGAGAGAGCAAAAUGUUUUCUCGAGCACUACCAAAACAAGAACUAUAAAACGCAACAAUAUCUCCAGAGCUUCUCGAUUGCCGAGUCUUUUUUUAUUGUUAUCUUGCACCAUUGACGUCAUUUUAUCAGAUAUCGCACACAUCUUCCAAAUUUGGUCAACGCUAGCUGGUUAUGAAGAAUUUUCCGGGUAAUUUGAGCCAAGCAGAAACAAAGAAGUAUCAUUUUUGAAUGAAUAAUACUGAAAUUUGUCUCUGUUGCAGAUAGAAAAAAUGACCAAGAAAGAACAUCAGUCAGUGGACAUGGAAGGAGCCCAGAGGGCGAUCCAGUUAGUGGGUUUACGGUCAUCUCGCCACCAACGAAAUGGCCACCAAGGAGUCGAAUCGCCACCAACGAAUAACUCUAAAUUGUCACAGUUUACUUAUCUAGUAUUCCUUACCUAGGAUUUUUACUUUUUUCGCUAAACCUAUGCGAAUUUGAAGUCGAUCCAAAUACAAAUCUAUCGAUCCUAAUUAACGCACGAUCAUUGCGUCGAACUUUACUCCAAAUACGGUUAAUGUAAAGUUCGACAUUUAUUUACCUUUCACACAAUCACUAUAAAACUGGCACAAAUAUGAUUGUUUGAAAUAUGAUUAAGGAACGGUGUAGAGAAAACUUCUUGUCGUGAGAGGUCUUCAUUUGUUGUGUCUUCCUGGGGGAUGACUUCUUUAGACAAUAAGGCUUUGUCCUAUUUUUGGUGGCGAUUUCGUUGAUGGCGAGAUGGUUCAGGGUGGCGAGGUGACCGGAUAUCAAUUAGCACCAGGGGCACCCAAAGACUGUUUGCUGUAAAAUUUUGCCUAGAAUUUUCUAUCAGUUUGAGAACGACUUAAAAUUUCUAGGUGACUGUUUCAUUCAUACAUGUACGAUUUUCGAAGCUUGUAACCCAAAAGUUCCGUACGAUUUACUGGAGUUUGUUUUUUCACAUUUCAAUCCCCAGGUUAUAAUGAACUAUAUUUCGUAAAAAAAAAAAAAAAAGAAGGAAACCUAACAUUUUUGGAUUCUAAAAGAUGAUGAGCACAGGAAUCAGAAAAAUUUUCACCCUUGUAAAGCUUUAAAUUUCAUCCAAAAGUUUCCGGAAAAUAAUACUGGAGGGAUUUUUAUAGUUUAAAAACCACUCAAGUUGCCCUAGCAUGACCGUACUGUUAUAAAUCUUAUAACGCCGCGGAGAAUGCUUUUGUGAGGGAUCUAAAAGUACUUGAGGUGAUUUCAAUGUAUUUAGGAGACCAUCCUUGGUUGCCUCUAAUAAAUCCGCUGAAACUAACAUUAAUUCUUAUAAAAGAUAUACCCGAAACCAAAACUUCACUCAGUAAAGUCAAAUAAGUAUCGUUCAUAUCCACAGGAACAAAGUCUGCCGGGUUAAGAGAAAAUUUUAGUGCUCAAAUUGACUUUAUACAUCUUCAUGUUUACAGGGACACAUUCCAAAAUGUUAGAGAAAUCACGGACAAACUGAAGGCAACGAACAAGAAGAUAAUCGAUUUGUCAAAAAAGGGCGAAGCAACUGAGAAGCUGGAAAUGUACGUCUCAGCUUUCUUGUCCAUGAAAUGGAAGCCAUCUUGUCGGUUAAGCAAGAUUCUGUAGGAAAAUCUGAUGUCGAAUAAUUUUCGUAAAACAUACAUACAUUUGCUUGGUGGAGCUAUAGUGACAUCAAUGACAGGAAUUUCAUUCAAUCUCAAUUUUAUCCCUAUUAAAGGGUAUAAAUUAGACAUCAAUCAUACAAUCUUAAUCAGUCAAUGAAUCGACUUGUUUUUGUCUAGUUAUCCAUGUAUUACUGAUCUCAUAUCCAAGUUAGGUCCUACUAUACAAGACAAGACAAGACAAUACAAGACAAUAUAAUACAAGGCACUGCAAUGCAUUGCAAUACGAAAGGGGUCAAGGACAAAAAAUAUCAACAAACAAACAAAUAGACAAGACAUAAAAAUGGCAAAGAAAAUUUAAAAACCUAAACUAUACUAGAUCAGUCGCGUAUUUACACCAGUGUAUUCCUAAGACAGCCCCCCCCACAGAGUCUGGAUCGGCCACUGAGAACAGCCAGUUUACGGAAAUUUUUGACUUUAGGUUCUCAUGCGAACACUGUAAUUUCUCACACGGUUGGCUAUCUGCCAAUAUGGCUUCCAGAACCAUGAUAAGGUCUAUAAAAAUAAUCAUUGACUCUUGAAAAUAGCUCCGGCACUAAUCUACAAUCUACAAUCAAACAUCUACAAAAAAAACAACAACAUUUUCUAUGAAAAAACUGAGAUGCGGUUUCAAAAUGCACGGAUCCGAUCGGGUGUAAUUGUCUGCUAACACAACCUUUGAAAGAAGACAACACUUGUCACAAUUUAUGGCAUUAUGGUAACUGUUAAAUGUUUGUUGGUUUCUUUUUAUUUUCGUUUCUUUUCUUCAAGGGAGAAGAGACAAUUAGAAAGGGAAUUGCAAAUGAACAAGAAGAUGGCAGUGCAACAGAGAAAGGAUAUUUUAAAUAGUAAGGCCUAAACUUUCGCUUCUGCGUCAGUCAAUUUUAUUUUCGGGAAUUAAACUAAACUUGUGGGGGAAGGGUUGAAAACCUAAAAACGCUUUCUGUUGAUUUUUUCCUAACCCUAUUCAUUAACAAACCAUUUACUAUGCCUACGAGCGAUAUCAGCUGUAAAAAUCCGCGGAGAUUUGAAGUUCACGAGUGAGAUUAGCCGUUCGAAUGAAGCGCCACAUUUUGAAGAGCUUCUUGUGGUGGAUUUAAAGGGGGCAAGGGGACCAGGCCCACACUUCCUUGAGUUAAAAUGUUAAAUGACUCUCAGUCAAGUCUGUCUUCUAGAGCCUUAAUUUUUGGACUCAAAUACUCUCAGAGUUCUUUAGCCAAAAUAAAUAAGUUGCAUCUACAGUGAACUCUCACCUUGUAGACAUCUUGCUAUUACCGUCACCUUAAUAAUAUGGACAGCAGCUUUAUCGCAGGUAAAAAGAAAUGACAGACGUUUGACCGAGUUAAACUCGCGCGCUUUUUCGGACUCUCUCUACUAUGAACGAUGCUCGUGUCUCGCGCUUCUCGCUCGCCUGAAAAACGCUAAGACGCCUGAUCUGGAGGGUAAUGGUCCAGAGGGUGUUCGCCAUAACACUGUCAUGGCAGCAGUUUUCGGUCGCAAUAACAACGACCACGUGACAGCGUUUGAUGAAUGUUCUUUCAGGGCGAUCGAAUAUUCGAAAAGAUGAAACACAACAGUGGAAACUUGUUGCUGGGGAAAUGGUGGAUAUGUUGAAAAUGGUACGACAUGCAGGAAACCUUGGUAUGGCAAUAAAAUCAUAUUACAAAAUACGAUCUUAAUCAUAUUUUUCGAAAAAAUUCGCAAUAAAAAUGACUUAACUUGUGUUUGAGUUUUGUGUUUUGCUGUCUGUUCGGGGCUUCUAGACUGAGCCAUUUGGAAGCUGUUUUAUCGAGUUUUAGAUUUAAAGUUGUUCAGAAGUUGAGUCAUUUUUAUUGCGAAUUUUUUGAAAAAUUUAAUUUAGGUCGUAUUUUGUUCAUUUUCAUACAUUCUCUUGUAAUGAGCUUCCAUAUAGAGUCUGGGCCACCUGUGAUAUUACGAGCCCUAAGUUGUGGGAAAACGAAAAUUAAGGGCAAUGUAACAUUUACUAUUCUACAUAUACAUGAAGAAAUUGAUGGAUUUUUAAUUCUUAUUUUGAAGUUGGUUGACGCUACGAUUCAGAUUUUUCUCAGAAACCGCAAGUUCAUCAAAAAAAGAUCAAAGGAACACGUUUUCUGUUAGAUUUCUGGCUGACUCUUGCAAAAUUCCUUUCAAGUUUAUUAUUUGACGUCGAUCGCGUUCCCGAUCUGUUAUUGGGGACUUUACCAUCCGACGACGCGACGGCAACGAGAACGUCCAAAACAACAAUAGAUUUGGUAGGCAAAACAACAAAUUUGCACGUGCAUCUCACUUUUUUGUACAUUUCAUUCCCGUUUUUGCACGACUACGACGUGAAAUUGCCUAAUUUUACUUUUUCUGGGGAACGUAAACAGGCCACGACGAAAUUUUAUUCUCUUUCAAAGGCUUGAAUAUGGUUCUUAGAAAUGCAACUCCGUGAGGGUUCGCCUACAUUUGAGGAAGUAAGUGAGUUGGAAUAAUCGCGAUAAAGACCGACGUCUGCCUUCGCGUCGUCCUAUCGUAAAGUCCCUGUUCUAUUGUUGUGAAAUCGGCCACAUCACGAAUUAACUUAAUAUUUUUUGCGUGUGUUUAGAUAAGGAAACUCUAGAAAAGGAACUGAACAGGAUUCUGAUGACACUAAAUACUCAAACUGAGUAUAUUGACAAGUAAGUCCUGCAUUUACAUUCGCUUGGUGGAGCUACAGUAACAUCAAUGACUGGCAUUUCAUCUAAUCUCAAUUUUAUCACUACCAAAGGGUGUAAAUUAGUCAUCAAUCAUUCAAUCCUUUUAGUCUUAUUUGUGUCUAGUUUUCCAUAUCUCAUAUACAAAAAAAUCAAGGUCCCACUAUACAAUACAACACAAGAUAAGAAAAGACAAUGCAAUACAAUACAAGGAAAUGCAAUGCAAUGCAAAACAAUAUGAAAGAAGUCAAGGACAAAAAAUAACAACAAACAAAUAAACAAGAUAUUAAAGUGGCAAAGAAAGUUUAAAAAACCUAAACUAUACAAGUUCAGUCGAGUAUUUACACCAGUAUAUUGCUGAGUACUUUUUUUGUUUGUUUUGUUGUUGUUUUAGUUUAAAACGAGACUUGAGCAAACAAGAGAAGGUGAGUGUCAGGGGAAAUACUAGAGGAAUUUUGGGGUGGGUGUGUUCCGCCGGGUGACCCUAGAACCCUCGCCUACACUAGACCAUCUCCCCUAUUGUAAACUAGGCGCAAAAAAUCCCUACCCAGUUCCCGACUAACAGGUGAUUUUGUUGAGGAGCACGACGAAGACAGUUAUCUCUCCCGCAAAGGUUUCUUCAUCGCACUGUAAAGAAAGGUACGCAUGCUAAAUUCCGUAUUUAAAUUUUUUAAAACUGUACGUCUGGUAUGGAUUGAUAUUCAUGUUGUCUUUGCGUUUGUGUGGCUGUGCUUAUUACUUGAUAAAAAAGAUUUCGACACUUUAACCAGAACAUUCGUUCAUUGGCUUACUUGCGCAUUUUGUUAUUGGCUUUGUUUUGAUUUGGAAGAAGCAAUCGAAAACCACUUUAAAUCAGAGUGCCUUUUUCCCAGGGGGUACUUGGGAUUUCAAGUGACGGGGAUUAUCGAAUGGAGCCGAAAGUCAAGACCCAAAAAAAAUCCCUAGGGCUUCCAGCAAAACCCAAAAAAAGUCCCUGGACCAAAAAUUAAGCCCCAAAAAAUCCCAUGCCGAUUUUGUGGCCCUUAAAAGUUCCAGAAAGGGGUAAUGAUAUAACACAAAAAAAAGACAUUGGAAAUUGAACAGUCGUGUUUGUUUAUUCAUCAUACCAUCUGAAUAUAUCCUUUCCCUCGUCUGACAGUCAUUUUAACAAGCUAGAGCGGGUGCUAGAGACACCCAAGAACAGUUUUGGGCACCACGGGACAAUGCAGACUAUUGUAUAACACGUGCGAUGUAAAGCGACACCAUAGUUAACUAUUAAACAGCAGCAAACCACGUUUCUUUGUACUUUAUUCGCAGGACUACGCAGCCAGGGCACUACUAAUUCUUUUUAAUACCCCCAAAAAAUCCCUAUUCAAAUCAAGCUACCCAAAAAAAUAGUUGCCAAAUUUUCGUACCCAAAAAAAUCCCGGAAUCGAUAAUUUCAAACCCAAAAAAAUCCUUCGAUCAUCCCUGUCACUUGAAAUCCCGAGUACCCCCCCCCCCCCCCGGCCUUUUUAUGGUAAUUUUUCCUUUGUCUUUCUUUUGUAGACUGUAAGAAAUCUUGAAAAGGACAAGACUCGGUUAAACAACGACAAGUUGUCGGUGGAACACGAACUUAAAACAAAACAGCACGAGCUCAAGCAAUGCAAACAAGUAAGGACAAACUACUUUUGCAAUCCUUUACAGUGAGUCUGAAUGGAUGCCUUAUAUUCAGGGUAAAAUUUAAAACUAAGCGCAAAGUCUUUCCUUGGAUACCAAAUCCUCCUGGGUGUUGUUAACGGGGGAUUCUCUCUCUCUCUCUUGAAAAGAAAAAACCCAGCUUAAUCAUGUUUUAGGGUGCUAAUAUCGUUCCCUAGAAUGCAUAGAAUGGUAGUAUCUUAUUUUUACAAACGUCAGAGACAGCCUUCUUCAAAAGCACUUCGAUAAAAGGGGAAUAACUGGAAACAAGCAUGGCUCGUUGUAUCAUUAGAAAGCGUCCGGCCGUUCUUUGCGUAUAAUGCGAGAAAAGUCUGGAUACAAGACAGCAUUCACUCACAGAUAGCGCACAAUGCCCAUAAUUUUUGAGAAAUUCUAUGAGGGAGAUAGAUAGAUACUUUAUUAUAAACACCAUUGCAGCCAUAGGCUGAAUUACGGGAUAUUUACAAAUACUGAUGAUAACAAAGAGGGAAAUUGAUAGAAAAUUGUAGUGAUGGAACUUUUUCAGUCCUUUAUUUUUCAAUAGAGGUCCUGUUUUCCCUAGCUUCAUACAUCAACUUUGAGCAUAAGGUCAAGGGGGAUCACACUUUGUCAGAGCUGGCUGGCCAGACCAGUCCAGUCAUAAGGAGAAUUCCAAUAUUAAUCAGGACUAUCCAACCAGAUCAGAUUAUUCGUAAAUGGCAUGCAAGACAGUGAUGGGUUUUAGUGAAAAGUUUGGAGGGGAGACUACUAUUUCAUUUUUAAGAAAAAUGACCGGUCUGGCACUCCAGCUGUGACUCAGCCUUUGGUAACCGCUAAUAAGUUACCAGAUAUUUUAAGUAGCGGGAGCAGUAAUUGGGGUAAUCCAAAUAAUCGCUGCAGUCUUUAAAGAUUUCCUUGGAUACUUAAGAACACGCCGUGAAUGAAACCGCCAGAGAGACUCACAUUAUCUGUUUCUCUUGCAGUAUAUCAGGAAAGUAAUGAGUGAGAAAAAAGAUGUCGGAGACAAAAUCAAAUUUGACGGAGCAGAUAUAGACUUGACUGAACUAGAUGAUGAGGUAAGCGAUAGGAUUGAUAACCAUUUGCAUGUAGUUUCUGUCCUAACCUGUGCAAUAGACGAAACUAAACUUCUAGUUAAGGUGAUUCCCUAGUAAAAGAACGUAACAUAGAUUGUAGAUGAAACUUGCUACACUGACGUAACAAGUCAAGAAGAUGAUGAAAAAGUAAUAAAAAGUGGGGGUCACCGUGCUCGUUUUGACGUCACAAUGCUAACAAAUACGGCUAUUUUGGACCCUUUGACAAAAACAGCGUGCAGCCCAAAACUAGACAAAAAGGAGAGAUUUUUUCGAUGAUGCACGUGGUAUGGCACAGAAUUUGACUUUAUUGUAUUGUUUAUCCACUUACAUACCAGAAAAAUGCCUUUUAAUGCUCCUGUUUUUACUUUACGCUUUAAAGUAGAAUUGAAUUGGACAUGCGCUUUUCGACCCGUGAUAGCUCAAUCCGUACAAUUAAGUAAAAUUGCCAAAAAACUGAACAUAGAUUUGUGCCAAUUGUUUUCCCAUCGAAAGGAAGCACUGUCCCUAUUAAAAUCAUGAAAUAAAAAAUGGGGGUCACCGUACUCGUUUUUGCGGUAGAGCUGCAGAAAGUGCGCACCAAAUGCAUUUUCUCCGAUUUUUGAGAGAGGACUGGGGCGAGUUUCAAAAUAGAAUGUAUGUUAAAGGGGGAAGAAAGCAUUAACAAAUCCGUUUUCACAGAAUUUACAUCGAGAUAUCACAUUUAGGACACAAUGUGAUAAAGAAAGCGUUUAAAUGCAAAUCAGAGUGACUAAGAACAAGUUAAACAUUCACUAUCGAGGAUCUCCGUGACGAAGUCGAACUCAGCAAAACGCGUACUGCUUACGUUAUGCACAUUCCCAACACACUGAGUCUCACCUCAGCAAGAAACAACCGCAAGCAAAAAUUCCAAUAGCGUUUCUCUUCAGUCAACUUCAUUUUAAUAAUGUUACUUCACAUGCUCUUUUUUACAGCGGCCAUCUUGUUAUGCGCAGUAAGAGAUGCGCAGUGCAAAACCAGGGAAUCACCUUAAGUCUGUCGGCGAGAGAGCGCAGAAAUCCCUUGUUCUGGGCCCCACCUGAGUACCGGGAUUUGAGUACGCGCCAUGCAUGGUCAGAAAUGGGUGUUUUCCUCCCACAUGGCUCAUUAGAGACACAUAGAUGAUUACGAAAUAUUCCGAAUGGGACGAAACUUGGCAGGAACAUAGUUUUAUACUUUUGAUUGACAGCAUGACGUCAUAAGUGACGUUGAAACAUGGCGCUAAAAUUUGGAAUUAAUUAUUUGACUUAAAUAACUUUAUAAAUAAAAUCUAUAAAAAAACAGAGCUUUCUGGUGAAAACUCCUCUUAAAGCAGUUAAAUUAUUGCAAAGUUAUAGCUAAUUAAAGACAUUCAAAUUUCCCGCCAAAUGUAUGGAAUUAACCAUAUAUGGUCAAACUUUAGGGGUAUUUAAACUCCAGCUAAUUAAACGAAACAGUAAGGAAACUAAGCGAACCAUGCAUAAAAGCAAAUUUGUAGUUUUUUAAAUUUGGGACAUGGGGUGUCAGGUUGCAUGUUACGUCAUUUCAUACCAUGUUGACGUCAUAUUUACGUGUUGAUGACGUCACAAGUGAAAAUACCUAUAGAGUCCCAAAUUCAAAAAACUACAAAUUUUCUCCAGUGUGUUAUCCGCUAUUUUUCUUUUAACUUCCAUUUAUUGUCUUGAACUGGAAACCUCCCUAAAGUUUUACCAUAUAAGGUAAUAAAACAAUUAAUUUCGUUAAAUUCCUUCUUUUAUUGUCAGGCACAAAAUAGCUUGUAACUUUGUCCCGUUUUAAUGGAUUUUAACGGGGUUUUCACUGGAAAGCUUCACUCUGAUCACAGAACACCUCUCUGUGGUUUUUCUGACGAUUUUCUUAAUUCUAAAUUUUGGCACCAAAUUUGGAAACUAUUUGUGACGUCACAAUGUCCAUCAAGACUGUCAAACUGCCACCAAAAAAUGUAGAAUCUCUCAAGCAACAAUCCUGCCAAGUUUCAUGUCAUUUGGAAAAUUCUUCACGUCUCUGUGACCUAUGUGGGAGGAAAAACACCUAUUUCUGACCAUCGUGAUGAUUGACUUUUUAAAAGGGCCAUUGUUCAAUUUGGCAAUAAAUCUCAUGGGAAGUACGAAACGCACUUCCAGUGAUUCGUUGACUCCGUUAGGGGCCCAGAACAAGGGCUUCGCAGACAUUAGUGACAGGUCAUUAUUUAUCUCCGGGGGGGGGGAGGAUUUGGGGCUAAACAAGGUGAAAUUUAGUCGAUCGCCCCUUUGAAUGUUAGUUUACUGAAGUGAUCCCCCUAAUAACGUUUGAUGACCUUCGCGAUCCCCCCACCCCCACACGUCUUCAUUUUCCAAAGAAAUUUGAGUGGUCCCCCCUCUGAAUCCUUCCGAAGUUUUCAGUGAUCCCCACUUUUGGGUUCUCAGUUACGACUGAUCUCCCCUAAAAUCCUCUCCCCUCCCCCAAGGCGAUAAAUAAUUACCGGUCCAUUACUAACCGGGGUUAGAUUACGUCUGGUUAAUCCUGUCCACACAGGUUUUUUUUUUUUAAAUAAACAUGAGGUGCCAGGAAGUGAUUAUGUCUCGGCUACCUAAGCUGCCAGGGCGUACCAAGUCUUUUCGCAAGGGAGAAAGGUGGUCCAACUCGUCUAAAAUUAGUCAACCAAGAAAGAUUGUAAAGCAAUUUAGAAGGCAUACACAUGUCAUGUAUAGAAGAAAGAUUUCUUAGCGUUUUUUCGAGGAUGCGCGUUCCUUUUCCAAUCUGUCGACAGAAGGACAGUCAGCAACAGGCGCGCGCUUGAACAACAAUGUCAUCGUCGGCAGGAUCAAUGUCAAAAUACUGGUUAUACUGAGUGUUCAUGAGAGCAAGAGAAGGCUCUUGCACACUAGAUAUUAUUACCAGUAAGUAAGACUUCGUAGAGUGAGAGAGAAAGAGGCUUCUGGAAACCCUUGAAACCUUCUCUUUUUCGCUUCUGGCUUUUCCCUGUAAAUGAUUCGUUAAAUCAAAUAACCUCAGGUUUUUUGGUCAAACAGGGAAGAGUUGGCGGCGAGGAUAUGGCUACUACUGACAUCCUGCAGGCUCAAGUUCGCGAUGCAAGGAAAAUGGUGUUCCGACUUGAGGAGGUGAGUGAGGGUACUGAUAUGACAUGCACAAAGUUUUAAUGAGCUCUUCGUUUUAAUUUCGUUUUAGUUUCGAGUCUUUUUUCCUACGGUAACCCAAAUUUUUCUCCUAAUUGUCACGUUCCCUACAUGUUUAUCACCAUCGCAGGAGCCCAUGCGCAGGAGCGACCAACUCUCAUACUUCGACAUACUAGGCCGGCUAUGUCGACUGGUUUAUUUUUAGACACAUUUUAGAGCACUUUUUCCCACGAAAAUGGAAUCUCAGCUCCAUCUAUGAGCGCAGUUGAAGUACAAUAUAUAAAAACGGAAAACGAAACGUCUUUCAAAGCUCAAACAUAUCAUUUUAAGGUCUAUGUGACUUAAAAUAUAUUCUGAAUUCGCGCCAAAAUCGUUCUAAAUUAAAAUAAACUGGUCGGUGAAAACGCCCUGGAAACAUGUGGAAAAAGCAAUCGACAAAACGUCCGACGACAACGAUUUGUAAAGGAUUUAACCAUGUCACCCUCUGUUUUAGGAAAACAAGGAACUGCAAAAGAAGUUGGCUUCUCUUCCAAGCGCUGAAGAGGUGUGUAAGCAAGACGUUUUUGCAAUAAAUAUAUUUGCCAUGAUCAGAUUUCUUCAAGUAGAAUAAGAGGUUAGCAUUAGGUAAUAUCGGCUGAAGUCAGAUUGUUUCUUUUAGUAAAAUUUCAUGAAGAACAAUUCAAGUCCAACUUUACUGUGUAAUAUAAAAGCGAAAAAGAAAAACUCCACUGUGAUGCUUUGAACCCGUGUCACUUGCUUUAUAGCCUACAUCCAUAUCCACUACACCAUCGAGGACUACCUGCCAAAUCCAGUAAUUUUUAAAAUAUACAUGUUCUUAUAUAUGCCGUACCCCCAUUACAAUAUUUGAAAGCUAACCGUUUUUUUCAGUUCAGUGCUUAACCCUAAUCACUGCAGGCAAGAGAGGAUAAAGGGGACAGAGAAGGUAUCCCUCAUACACACCCUAUUCCAUAGGUAAUUCGUCUCGAGUUAUUUUUAGAAUCGGGAUAAAGUUACCUCGCGCGCUGCUUGGAUGUUUCGUGGAGGUUUCCCAUGACUAAACGCCGUGCAAAACAUGUCGGGCGAAAGGCAAUGAAAGCGUAAAGAGAUCGAGAGCAUUCCUGAAUAUUGAAGCGAAAUGAGUCGGCGCUCACCUGGGAAAAGGGAAUCGAUGGACUCUUUUACAAUCCUUGAAAUAAGUUUAACUCGAAGUUAACCUGAGAAAUUUCGCCGGUCUAUUGAAACCGGUCGUUUGUGUAAUAAAGCAAGUAGGACGCCAAGUGUUAUUUUUGUUGCAUAAUAAAAGACUAAUAAAAGAAUAAAUAUCAAACCAGAAAUUGCUCUCUACAAACUGCAAAUUAUAAAUGAUCCUGAGAGAAUAUUCAGUGUGUUAAGGAUUUCCCCGCUGUACUGUUAGCUCUUACAAGAGAGGAAGGGCGAUUCUUUUUUAAAUUUCCGUUUCGCUGACACAGGUUUAGUAGAAAUCUCUCUUUAGUCGUUUUCGGCGACAAAACAAAUAGCAAUAUCGCUCUCCGCGUCUUCCGCCAUUUUCUUCUGCGUCAAUUCGUGAAGGACGCGUGGUUCUGAGCGUGGGUCAUCCACGCAGAACACAUUCGCGCUAUGUGAUUGGCUGUUGUCUAAUCCCCCUUGGCAUCUAUGGUCUUAAAAAUAACUCGAGACGAAUUACCUAUGGAAUAGGGUGUGUAUGGGGGAUGCCUUCUCUGUCCCCUUUAUCCUCUCUUGCUGUAGAUCAGUUCUUAACUCUCUACUGUUUUCUCUCCAUAACUAAAGCUCUGCAGUUUUGGUUUCUUUAGCUAUUCUAGCCUCAUUCUACAUUCCAGUCUCGUUCCAUUAUGGAAAUAAUGCGUUGUGUAAAAUUCAUAAGGUGUCCAAUCUGGCUUCACUCGAUGUUAUCUAACGCUAACCAGAAUAAGACGCAUAAACAUAAACCAUACAUAAACCCUUAAGAUGUUCAUUUUAAUUUGUACCUGGUGUGACACCUCGAGUUUAACGUUAUAAUAAAAACGAAAAAUGCCUUUGAACACUUAAGGGAAGUCAGGGUAUCGAUGAUGAUCCGAUCAAGGAAUAUAUGAAUAGAUGGUUUAUAAGUAAACAACCAGAUCAUUGUUUUAACCAUUUUGACGGGUUUCCCAUAUACAUGAACAAAUGCGCUUUCUGGUAUCCUAUUUUGCUGAAAUACACCAUGAUACUGAAGCCACCAAUGAAGAGACGGCUAAAAAGAGACCUUUUCUGGUAGAGCAAAUUGACGGAGUCCUUUCCAAUUUCAUCGCUGUUUUUUUCAACUAGCUCCAUUUAAGUCGGAAAUACAGAUAAUGAUUUUCCUGGACUUGACUCUUACAGAAAUAGGAAAAUCUGACUUUCUGUUCUCACGCCCUCUAUAAAACAGGGCUUCCAUGUCCGUAGCCUGAGAUCAUGCCCUCUCCCUAUUAUCCCUUUAUGUCGCAGGUUACCAUGUCCGAGGACAAGUUGAUGCAAGUGCAUGUACAGUUUUUUUGUAUAUUUAAAUUGAAACUUUUCCUUUUAACGUUCUCGCUGUCACGAUUGUAGUUACUGAAGCACCCUCGCACUAGUCUUGAUUCACGUGUCAUAAUGGUACUGGGUUGACUUCAAUUUAAAGGGGCUAUGUCACGGCAGUCCACUUCAUUUUGUUUAAUUUUGCCAAUUACUCGCCCUCAAUCGCUAUGGAACGUAAAGUAAACAAAGAAAUUACAUGGAAAUGACAAAAUCAGAGAUUCGAGACAUCGAGACAAACAAAUAUGUCUCCUGUGCAUUAUUUUUGAAGUUGCAAACAGAAGAGAUCAACUUUGAAAAACUGUUAGGCUGAACAGUGUUUAAAAAUCCUAAUUUCAAUCCGUUUCAAUCUUCUUCAGUUUUGCCCAUCCGAGGCAUCUGUGGUAUCUGUGGUGUUAUUUUAACCUUCCUUUAAUGUUUUAAGCGGUUAUUUUUACAUUUCCCUUAAUUAAUUUUACGGGCAUUUUGUAAUUACAUAAUUAGGCUGAAUUUGGCGACACAGCUCCUUUAGAGCAGCCUACAGUUGCCUCAAGCACUGAACAGCAGCCAAAUGCACCAGUCGAUCCGCGUACAGUUGAGGUUGUCAAGGAAUGUCCAAAGUGUUCUUCGUACCAGGCACAGCUUGUCGAUAAUGAGGAUGAAUUAAAGACAAAAGAGCAAGACAUCGAACGGUUAAAAGAUGAAAUGAAUAAACUGAGAGCACAGCUGACUUCCAGUGAGAAGGUAACUUGAAAUUUAAGUUCUAAUUCACUCCAUGUCUAGCCUGCGACCGCAGACGUAUUUCCGGACUUUGCCUCUCUCUGCGACGACCGGAAAUACGUCAGCGGUUCUAGGCUACCACUUGUCAGGUAAUCGGGAUUCUGGAAUCCGCGAAAUUUUUGCUAGUAAAAUCUGGAAUCCUGAGCUUUGGAAUCCUGGCUCCGGAAUUCAGCUUAAGGAAUCCGGAUUCCCAGUAACUAUUGGAAUCAUGAAUGCAAUAAUUUUUGUCUGAAAAGGAAUCCAGAUUCCAGCCUCUUGAAUCCGAAAUCCACAUCGUGGAAACCAAGACUAUCUCGGAUUCCCUCACAUGGUGUAAGCUAAUAAAUAACUAUACAAAUAAAUAAAAUGGGUCAAACUUCAUGGAAGCCAAUUUAGAAAUAAGAGCGUUGUUCGCCAACCAUCAGCUACCGUACAGGUCCUGUCUAGAUAACCGCUUGGCCAAUUUUAUGAAAUAAUGCAUUUAAGACCUCUACGCUGGUGUCAUAAUGACCAUUUCAUCUUUCUGGUUUCAUCGCGCUUAAAAAUUACCGUCUUUAAUUAUAGUCUGCAAGGAAAGCACAUAGUUGGGCUAAAUGAUUGAUUAUCAUCAGACAGGCCGCUUUCGACAUUCUGAUGCCUGAAAUUAGCAGUAUGCAGGACCCGUGUCAUAUGAGAUAAGACACGUAUUUUAUCACUUGGUAAUUAUGUAUCUGUACACUAAAUUAGUUUCUAGUGAUGGUUACCCUGUGGACACAGAACCCAUUCCCCUUGGCGAUAGCCCGAACUAUCGUUUCUCUGCCUUAGCUGGUAAACUGACAGUCGUCUCGUCUAACUCUUUGCUGCCUGAGACGUUUCGCGAGUGAGAUGUCUGCUAUUCAGACCCAAUUCGGAGAGAGGAGACACGGCUGUACUCGCAAGAUAUUCUCUGCCUCUGUGUAUUUAAAGUGAACAUAUUUCAUUCUUUCAGGAAAUUAUCGUUCAUGUUAAAUCUGAGUUGGCUUUGGCUGAAUCAGAAGUGAAGGAGGAGAGAUUGAAUUCUGCGGGGAAAUCAAGCCUUAAAGGUGACAACUGCUCACUCUCUGUGUCUUCGCUUAUCUCUGGUGCGCGCUCAGUAACCUGGCCUUUGCAUGAAGGCGAGACUGAAAGUUGACCUGCUUUUGACACAAAACGUGCUUGCUUUUUAAUAUGGAAAUUAUUAUGAUGAACAGAUUCUUGGUAACAUGAGAGCAAAUUAUUUAGAUUUGAAGGCCAAAACGAUUUACCAUUUGGGCCAACCCUACAUCUGCCUCAUUCUGGAAUCUUUUGCUAUAAUCAUGGCAUGGGCUGUAGGAAACAUGGGUUUUAACUAAAUAGAGGUUAGAUUUGCGUGUAAUAAAGUUGAAUUACUCACCUUGAAGUAGUAUUUUGUGGUUUUUCGGUAUAUUCCAGGUAAAAAAAAACCCUGGCAACACGCUUUGUUUUAAUUCAGAACUCGAUCGGCAUUCCUUAAGUCUUGGAUUCGAAGAGAACGCAUGCUAUAAUCUGACGCUGGCUAUAUGUACAAUCUUUAAAACUCUACUUGCUAGGGGCUUUAUCUAUCGUUGCAGUUUCUGUCGAAACAGUGGACACUCCACCGCAGGACUCAACAGAGCAGGAUACGGAUUCUGGGGAGGAAGAAAUAAAAGAGAAGUCAACGAAGGUUUCCAAGUUAGCAGUGCCUGCGAAGAAAUCAAAACCAAGACAAGCUAAGUCACCAAGAAAGCGGAAACAGGCCGCAAAAGUAAAGAAAGAAGAUAAAAAAGAGGAAGAAGAAGACAAGAAGGAAGAUGAGAAUACUGAGGAGGACGAUAAAGUAACGAAAAAACCGCAGAAGAAGAAGGAAGACAAAGGAGGAGGGUCGAAACGUAAGACACGUGACUUGGUAGUGGGCGAGUGUAGGGAGGAGAAAGCACCUUACGUGACAGUCAGAGAAGCGAAGAUGGUCACGCUAGCAGAUAAAGUAAGGGCUUGAUGUUGCACUUUAAAUUGGGCGCAAAAAGUAAUUGUUGGAAGAUUAAUUAAGGUAGCCAGGUAGUCAAACUUCUUUACCCCGAAAAUAGUUUUUUUAAUAGUCUAUGGCAUGGUUAUCAGCCUCAUCUCCAACAUCGAUCGCUUUGCUGAUACGUUUUACUUUACACCCCUGAAUGGGAAAACAUCUGCUGCAUCGAAUCUUAGGUGGAACAUUAAACCCUCUGUCCACUAUUUAGGAGGAAUACGAAAUGAACGGACAGAGAAGACCUGGGAAAACGCGGUGCAAGGCUAGGGUUGUCCAAUCACAAGCGAAUGACAGUAUAUCUAUUGUUUUCUCUCGAGAGGGUAACUUAUUCAUCUGAUUAUUCAAGUUACCGUUAAUUUUAUCGUGUUCUAAUUAAAAGGGAACCCAGACCUCUCACUAUGACCGCAAGGCCACUGAGCGUAUCAGUCAACGCGGGGACUCUGUAGGACGACAGCCGCAUGGAAGACGCCGAUCACUAGCUGAAAGCACCAUGGCAGGAAUAGCUCCCGGUAUGCUGAAACAAGAAACAAACGCAGCUAUAAUGUUUAUUAUGGAGGAAGUAAGUAGCAAAAUAGACCGUUUUACGUUCUGACGAAACAGAAGCUUUUUGCUGUAUUUAUAGCUUUACGCACCUGUUCGCUCUUAGCGACGAAGUGAGGGGUUUUCCAGUCGUUCCUUACCGAUAUCGAUACUUAUGCUUAUUGAAUCUGAUUGGCUGAGAGCACUGAAGUUUUUACUAAACACAGUGCAAGACAAGGAAAUAAAACGCAAAUAUCUCAGAGAAUGGAGCACUGUGAUCCGCUGAUAUAUAAUAUAAACAUAUAAGAACCAAUCAGCUGCCACAACUCAUGUCCAACCUUAACAUGGUCAUGACUCCUUGUCGUGAUGAGCAGGCAGUUUCUAGGGUUUCGAGGGUGCCCUUUAUUAUCAGGCUCAACUCAUCUUGACUGGUAAUUCAUUUCGUGUAUAUUAUUAAAGGGUAAUCAUACGGCUUUUCUCGUUUAAUCUGAAAGUCAUUUGCGGUCGUCUGUUUUUCGAAAAGCUUAAAUUGCUUUCACCAAAUUUUGAAACGUUUUGGAAAACACACUUGUGCAAAUGAUAAAAACCAAAUUGAACGACAAGUCGUCGUAUGAUUACCUAUAGAAACCCGCAUGGUUAGUUUUUACUCUAAACCAGUGGUCUUUCUGCAUCCGUUUCCUGUACAGGGAGAUCGAAUGUGCGAUGAAAUAUCUGGUUUUGUAGAACAUGGAUUUGAUAUUGUCCAGCAAGGAGGUACGUGAUGUAAAAAUUAAGCUCUGUAAGUAAAUCCUGUAGUGAACUUGAAAAGAUGAAUAAACCACAAAACCUGAGCGCUUUUAAGACCAGAAAUGACAGACUUUCCUACAUUUUCAUAUACCUCAACCAGUGAAAUCUCUACCCUUUUCAUAUACCUGAAGCCUGAAAAAGUUACCCCUUUCGGGCGGAGCCAUCCCGGCCCCGUACAGGCCUGACCGUUGAUAGGCCACCUGUGGUUUUAAGAGAAGAAUUCAAGACAGACGAAGGUCGCAGUGUGGUGGUGAGAUUUUUUCUUAAUUAUCAAUUAAUGAAUGAGGCUGAGUAUCGGCCGUAGGCCGGGGCGGAUAACACCCUCCGAGAUCUCCAUAAUUCUUCAUAUGAUACGAAAGCCGAAUUCAAUAAUUGUUUUAUUAUUCAGUCAAAAUAAUUCCUAGUUUAAAAACAUGGCUAAAACAAGCUUACCUCCAUCGAUCCAUCGAUGUUAAGUUCAUCUUCGAUAGUGCACGUUUAGGUUUGUCCAGUUCCGCAAAUAUUCUCCAAAUAGCAGAUGUCGCCCUUCGAGUUGUCCUCUUGCUGUUCUUGCCAUGUUUUUAGUUAUUUUUUCGCCUGGUUCUUACUCUUGAAACGAGUGAAAUGUCCGCCAUUUUUCAAAUUCACAACCAAAACAACUCAACCUCGUCCCCAGGUCUUCUUGGUUAACAGUGCCUUAACCUGCACGAACGCUGCAUUUUUGACGUCAUUUCCUCGUUAAACAUAAAAUUCUUCCAAAUUUGGUCAUAGUAAUCGGCUCCUGAAACUGGUUAUGGUGAAUUAUACGUGUGCUUUUAGCCAAUCAGAAUCGGGAAAUAUUUUGAAUGAAUAAUAACAGUUGUUAUGUUAGCUUUUUCGUUCGUUGCGUGUAACAGUCAUCUGGAGAAAAAAAAAUUGUGUUGUAAUUUAGAAUUUGUCCAUUCUUGUAAAACACGUGACUCAAGUCUAAGUUCUGCAGCUGGCCAUUUCGGGGGGACGAGAUGGCUAAAGUAGGACCCAUAAGUCCUCGCGAGCGACCUCGACACUCAACUGAGAAAUGUUUGUGGCCAGACAGAAAUUAAUGUUAACCAUCUUUUACGAUUAACAAUUAAAAUAUUCCAUGCAUUUUUACACAUAACGAAUGGCAUUUUUGGUCGGCCUGAUUAAGAACCUCAAGUAACUGGGUGGUUGUUGUUUUUCUUCCAGCCAAGACCACACGUUUAUUGACUGAAACGCAUCUGGGUGAGGAUGCUUUGGAGAUGCUGGAGGCAGAGGACCCCAACGUGCAGGUACAUUAUAACUUCUUGAUUGCUAAACACUGCAUCUGACGAAAAUGCCAUAAUUUCUAAAUCAAACACAACACAAGACACAGUGUUUCAAGUCAAACAUCACAUAAAAAAAAGUUGAAAAUAUGAGGGGUACGUGGUGGAGUAUUUGGAGAGACUAUUGUGAUGAAACACUGGUUCGAGUGAUAAUUUCUAAGAAAAAAUAACGAUUUUGAAGGAAUGAUAAAUGCAAAUUUGAACAGAACAUUUUGCUUUUGGGUGAUUUAAUGGUUGUUUUUACGGAUAACCUGUCUCAGAAAGGUAAUCCGUCAAAAUAAGCAAAAAUACACGGAUUUUGCCAGACGGAUGUAAGACAGAUCAAUUCACCAAGAAGGAAAACUGUCCAGUUUUCACAUUAAGACGGAUUAUCAGUCUGACGCGAAUUAUCCGAUGGAUAACCCGUCUGAGAGAAAUAAUUCGAUGUUGUCUCUUGAGUGUAAAAACGGCCAAUUAAAGUUAAAUCUUCGUUUGUUUCUGUUCAGCUGGACAGAGCUGCAGCUAUCAGAACUCUCAUGUCAGUCGAUCACAGAAGACAGAGUAUAACCCCCAGUAAAAAGCGCCGUCCGUCAUUGCACUUAGAAAGAGGGGGAACUAUAAGGAGAGAGUCUAAAUUGCCGCUUCUCGACACGGGAGAGCGGUUGCUUGGAAGAAAGAGAGAGGAUAGCAUCAGUGAGGGUGUGACAGAUCAGAAGGAUGGAGACACUAGCGUGACAGACCACUGUGACACAACCGAGACCACGGAACAAGGACCGCCAACAGCUCGCGUAAAUACUUUUUUCCCAGCAGAUCAACCAACUGGAGGUGGUGUCCACGAAUCAGCUGCAGACAAGCAAGCAAGAGGGGGAACUAUAAGGAGAGAGUCUAAAUUGCCGCUUCUCGACACGGGAGAGCGGUUGCUUGGGAGAAAGAGAGAGGACAGCAUCAGUGAGGGUGUGACAGAUCAGAAGGAUGGAGACACUAGCGUGACAGACCACUGUGACACAACCGAGACCACGGAACAAGGACCGCCAACAGCUCGCGUAAAUACUUUUUUCCCAGCAGAUCAACCAACUGGAGGUGGUGUCCACGAAUCAGCUGCAGACAAGCAAGCAAGAGGGGGAACUAUAAGGAGAGAGUCUAAAUUGCCGCUUCUCGACACGGGAGAGCGGUUGCUUGGGAGAAAGAGAGAGGACAGCAUCAGUGAGGGUGUGACAGAUCAGAAGAAUGGAGACACUAGCGUGACAGACCACUGUGACACAACCGAGACCACGGAACAAGGACCGCCAACAGCUCGCGUAAAUACUUUUUUCCCAGCGAGGACAGCAUCAGUGAGGGUGUGACAGAUCAGAAGAAUGGAGACACUAGCGUGACAGACCACUGUGACACAACCGAGACCACGGAACAAGGACCGCCAACAGUUCGCGUAAAUACUUUUUUCCCAGCAGAUCAACCAACUGGAGGUGGUGUCCACGAAUCAGCUGCAGACAAGCAAGUCGAGGGGAUGUCUGAGGCAAUGACAGGGGCUGUAAGGCGAAUGAGUGAGGUUCCUCUGGAGGCAAGCGAGGUAUUUGAUUCAGCGUUCGUCAAGAAAAGCAAGUGGUCCACAUUAAAUAACUUUGUUCACUCGCUCCAGCCCCACAAAGGAGGGGGCUGCUCGCACGUGGUGCACGAGGUCAAGAAUAUCGCCGAGGAUUACGGGGGUAUUCCGUCAGAGGAUCAAGUGAAGGAGCAAAUCAGAGUUAUGGCGCAACACGCCAUUGAUAGUGAGUAACUUUUGUCAUUUCAGUUUUGCAAAGCCUAUCAAAACAUAAUUGAAAAGCAGCUGAAUAUUAAUUAAACCUUUUUACAGCAAACAGCAAUUCCCUCCUUUUUUGUACAGUUUUCAAUGGAAUCAAUCCACUAUGAGAUUUACCAUCCUUUUUUAUGAUUUUAAAACUGAUUUCAAAAAGAUUUCGGACUCACAGAAUUUCUUUAAACUUUGCCAUAAUGGAGGCAAUUAUGGCAAUUUCUUCAAAAACUCCUGAUGUUCCGUUGCCAUGUUAAAACAACAAACCAAAUUUCAAACUUGGGAAAGGGAGUUGAAAAGUGUGAUGUUAAACUUCGUGAUCUGUUUUAAAAGCGUCAGAUAUUUAGAAAACCUCCCGGGGGGUACUUGGGUUAAUUUUUGCUGGGUAGGUGCCCCUAGCCUCUCAGAGCCCCUACCCCAUUAUAGUCUAUUCUGUGGCCAAUUAUAGACCCCAUCUUAGUCACUUUUGGGCAAAUAUGUAAUCUCGAUCCCAAAUAAGUCUCUUUGUACUUAUGUAUCUACCCUAUACUGAAUGAAGAACACUUUACUUUUCUCCUACAGUACAAAUAUUCUGGUACGUUUGCUUGAAGGGAUCCCCUCCAAUGUUUUUUAAAGAUUAUUUUAAGGU